UUUCCACUCGUACCCGCGCGUUGUAGAGCUUGAGUAAAAGCAACCUGCGCUUGCGCAUAUCUUUCUUAUUUUCAAAGAAUCUCUUUGUCGAUAACACCCAAUAUGGCGGACGCUGCACCAGCCGAAGGUGGACGAGGAGGAUUCCGUGGAGGCUUCGGCCGUGGAGGUCGUGGACGCGGCCGUGGAAGGGGUCGCGGACGUGGCCGUGGAGGUCGUGGCGGAAAGCCCGAGGACAAGGAGUGGGUACCUGUAACCAAGUUGGGUCGCCUUGUGAAGGACCUUAAGAUCAAGCGCUUGGAGGACAUCUACCUGUUCUCUCUGCCCAUCAAGGAGUGCGAGAUCAUCGACCAUUUCCUCGGUACUGCAUUGAAGGAUGAGGUCUUGAAAAUUAUGCCCGUCCAGAAGCAGACCCGUGCCGGUCAGCGUACUCGCUUCAAGGCAUUCGUUGCCGUUGGUGACUACAAUGGUCAUGUUGGUCUUGGCGUCAAGUGCUCCAAGGAAGUUGCCACUGCCAUCCGUGGUGCUAUCAUCAACGCUAAGCUGUCAGUUGUCCCAGUUCGUCGUGGAUAUUGGGGUAACAAGAUUGGCACUCCCCAUACCGUGCCCUGCAAGGUCACCGGCAAGUGCGGCUCCACCCGUGUGCGUUUGAUCCCCGCUCCCCGUGGUACUGGUCUUGUCGCUGCUGGUGUUCCCAAGAAGUUGUUGAUGAUGGCUGGUAUCGACGAUUGCUAUACAUCUGCCACUGGUCAGACUGCCACCCUUGGAAACUUCGCCAAGGCUACUUUCCAGGCCAUCGUAAACACCUACUCGUACCUGACCCCAGACAUGUGGUCAGCCAACACCUUCUCCAAGAGCCCCUACCAGGAGUUCACCGACUUCUUGGCCAAGGGAGCUUCUCUGCCAACUGCCCACGACGUGUAAACAGUUGCAAUAAAGCUUCGAAGUUCUCCAA